AACAAACUCACAGAAAUAAUUAAUAUUUCCCAAUGGAGAAGAAAUACCUCCUAAUCUUCCCUUUCCUCUUUCUUCUCAAUUCUGCAAUAAUCUUAGCUUCUCCACCUUCAAUCUACGACGCCAUUUUCGAAUGUUUCCAAAACCACAAAAUCCCAAAACCCCAAAUUUCAGAAAUCCUUUACAGCCCCACAAACCCUUCAUUCCCAACCAUCCUCCAAUCCACCCUCCGGAACCGCCGGUUCAACUCGACUGCCACCCCUAAACCGGCCGCGAUCGUAACUCCGGUCUCGGAAUCCCACGUCAGCGCCGCCGUAGUCUGCGCCACCGCCGCCGGAGCCAACCUCCGAAUCCGAAGCGGCGGGCACGACACCGAGGGCUCAUCCUACGUCUCCGGCGAGACCUUCGUCGUCGUCGACAUGACCAAUUUCCGGUCCGUCGACGUCUGCCUGAAAGAUGGCACCGCCUGGGUCGACUCCGGCGCCAUUCUCGGCGAGCUCUACUACGAAAUCUGGAGGAAAAGCAACGAAUUGGCAUUCCCCAGCGGCGAUUGCCCCACCGUCGGCGCCGGCGGCAUCAUCUCCGGCGGAGGGUACGGUAACCUAAUGAGGAAGUACGGACUCUCAAUCGAUCACGUGAUCGACGCACGUGCCGUCCUCGCCGACGGGAGAAUCCUCGACCGGAGGUCAAUGGGGGAGGAUCUUUUCUGGGCGAUUCGCGGCGGCGGCGCCGCCAGCUUCGCCGUCGUUCUAGGGUUCAAAAUAAAGCUGGUUCCGGUGCCGCCACUGGUGACGGUUUUUCAAGUUCAGAAAAGUUCGAUGGAGGAGACAAUCGAGGCUGUUUACAAAUACCAACAGCUGUCUCGAACAAUUGACGAUGAUCUUUUCAUUAGGUUUUUUAUUUGGCCGAUCAAUUCGAACAAGACGACGGUUGCCGGGACAGGCUUCAUCGGAUUAUUCCUCGGCAAUGCGACGAGGCUUUUGUCGAUCAUGGAUUCUCAAUUCCCCGAAUUAGGGUUGAGAUUGUCGGAUUGCCGGGAAAUGCCGUGGAUAAAUUCCGUUUUGAUGUGGGCGGGGCUCAACGUCGAGGCGUCGCCCCGAGUAUUGCUCAAUAGGAAUCCCAACUCCGCUAGCUUUUUCAAGUGGAAGUCCGACUACGUAAAAACCGUGAUUCCCAAAUCCGUGUUGAAAACUAUGUUUGACAAAGUAGUAGAGAUUCGACAUGUAGCUCUCGGAUUCAAUUGGUAUGGAGGAGUAAUGAGCCGAAUUCCAUCAUCAGCCACGGCGUUCCCUCAUAGAGCCGGGAACUUAUUCAAGAUUCAAUAUUUGUCGAGGUGGGACGAAGAUGGCGAGGAAAUUGCACAACAAUACAUCAACGCCACUAGACAAUUUCAUAGCUUCAUGACACCUUUUGUGUCGAAGAAUCCUAGGGAAGCAUACCUUAAUUACCAUGAUUUGGACCUUGGAAUAAUGAACAAUUCGGCGCAAAGCUACGAGCAAGGUAGGGUUUACGGAUUGAAGUAUUUUAAAGAUAAUUUCGAUAAGUUAGUGAAAAUCAAGACUAAGUUUGAUCCGAACAAUGUGUUUAGGAACGAACAAAGCAUUCCUAUCUCUCCCUUUUAGGUAAGAGAGGAUUUUAAUGAAUAAUAAAAACGAUGUCGGGGCCAAGUAGUAGCCGGAUUGAUUUUGUAGUUUAUUUAUGUAAGCACAAUUUAGUAUAUUUUUAUC